AUGACAAGCUAUUUUCCUGGGCCUGGGCCUGGUCCCAAUAAUGGCACCUCCCCCGUCUCGUCGCCCCUGUCUCCUCCAAAUCAGCGCUCGAGCGCCUUGUACAAUCGCCUCACAUCUGUCCUGUCUGCUUCCUAUGCCGACUCCGACAUUCGCGACGCGUUGGAAACCUUGAGCAUUCGGGGUAUUCAUAAUACUGCUGAAACACGGCGGCAGCUUCGACUCGAUGUGCAGAAAGAAGUGGUGGAUAGCAACGCGGAGAUCGUCCGCGAUUUCGGACAGGUUGCGGAGCAAUUGAAACGAAUCGGAAGCGUCAUAACUACUCUCAAUCAAACAUGCGACGAAAUGCGCAAACAUAUCGGUCUGGCUAAACAAGAUACCACCCCCGUGUUGGAGGAAGCUACCGCGUUGAUGGCUCAAAAGAAAGACACGGAAACGAAGCAACAACUGCUAAUUGCUUUUGAGAAACAUUUCUUGGUCCCGGAGGAAGAUUUCAUGGUCUUGAAUUCGGCUGAAGAACCAGUGGAUGACCGGUUCUUUGAUAUUCUCGCACGUGUCAAACAAGUCCAUCAUGACUGUGAGCACCUUCUAGGCGGGGAGAACCAGCGAUUGGGCCUAGAGUUGAUGGAGCUGAGCACUCGGCAUCUCAACUCUGCUUACCAGAAGCUAUACAAGUGGAUUCAGAAAGAGUUCCAGUCUUUGAACCUUGAGGACCCCCGGAUCAGUAGCUCGAUUCGACGUGCUCUGCGGGUCCUGGCGGAGCGGCCAAGUCUAUUCCACAGCUGUCUGGAUUUCUUCGCUGAGGCGCGUGACUAUGUUCUUGCCGAUGCGUUCCAUUAUGCGCUAACAGACGCCAUGUCUGGCGCUAAUGGGCCCAGUGCCGGUGACCGAAGUGUCAAACCCAUUGAAUUUUCGGCCCAUGAUCCACUCCGGUAUAUUGGCGAUAUGCUUGCGUGGGUACAUUCCACAACUGUCUCUGAGAGAGAAGCGUUGGAGGCUUUGUUUGUUGCCGAUGGGGAGGAACUCGCACGGGGAAUUCAGGCUGGUCUCAAUAGUGAGCCUUGGUCUCGCAUUGACGAAGAGCAGGAGGUCACCUUCGAUGGCCACAAGGCACUCAGUGAUCUAGUAAAUCGGGAUCUCAUCGGAGUCUCUCGUUCCCUACGGCAAAGAGUUGAGCUGGUGAUUCAAGGUCAUGAUGACCCCGUCACUUGCUACAAGGUCGUCAACUUGCUAUCCUUCUAUCGAACCACCUUCACGAAACUGGUUGGUCCCAAGGCUCAGCUAGUGGACUUGAUGCAGAGUCUGGAGAAGUUUACACUUGGACAUUUUGAGAAUUUGAUGCGAGAGGAAGUCAGCACACUGUCAAACGACCCACUGGCUUUGGCUCCCCCCGCAAGAUCUAUCGCCACCGGAGCAUCGGUCCGACCGGACGAGGAAUCCGAUUCAGGUAGCGAGAACAAGUUCACUCCUGUUCUUCGAGCUGCCUUCGAUCCAUAUUUGACGCUAGCUCGAUCCUCAUCCGAGGAGAUUGACGAUCCAACAGCGCAGACCAUUUACCGCACCAACAUCCUUUUAGCAGCCCGCGCAACUGUCUCCCCAUUUGGAUUCGCCAGUGUCACCCAUAUGACCCCACUGUCCACCGCUCUGUCUACUCUGCGUACGAACCUGCUCGAUAUCCAGCAUCAAUUCCUUCUUGAUAAUUCCGGUCUGCAGACUCUGCUAGAUGCUCUAGAGCCCUUUUCCAAAUCAGGCAGAGACUCAGAGCCAGACAGUGAUAAUGAAGAGAAGCCGGAGCAGAAGCUUCACCUUGCAGAUCUGGCCACCCUCCCUGCUUUCCAACCCGAGGCCCUCGUUACGUCUAGCCAGCAGCUCGACGACUUCCUCCCUUCUGCUCUCAUGGAUGCAGCUGAUCACCUCAAGCGUGUCCAGAGCGCCUCCCUCAUCCAAAGCGUCACUGAAGAUGCCGUCGAGGCCUUCUGCCGUGAUUUCGAGUUUGUUGAGGGUAUGAUUAUUGCCGCCGAUGAGGCAAGAGGAAUGACCCAGGUUAGCUUGGGUACGAGCGGCAGCGUGAUUAGCGGCCGUAGCGGAAGAUCCACUCGUAAGACCACGGGUGAAGAUGACGAGGAAGAGAAGGAGGAUCAGUGGAGUUUGCGCUCAUUGUUCCCUCGCACGACUGGAGAAAUCCGUGUCUUGCUGAGUUGA